CAAACUUCUCUAGAUAUUAGGUAUACCUCAACAUUAUGGUUUAUUUUAUGCUAUGGGUUUAGCAUUAACUAUGGAAGGACUAAUGAGUGCAUGUUAUCAUAUGUGCCCGAAUUUUUCUAAUUUCCAAUUUGAUACUGCUUACAUGUAUAUACUUGCUAUGUUAAUAAUGUUAAAAAUUUAUCAAACACGACAUCCGGAUGUGAAUGCAUCAGCUCAUUCAGCAUAUAUGGUUAUGGCUGUAGUGAUUUUUCUAGGUGUUCUUGGUGUUUUAUAUGGAAAUGAGAUUUUCUGGAUUAUAUUCACUGUCUUCUUUUUAAUCAUGAGUGUUAUAUUAACUGUUGAGAUUUAUUAUAUGGGUCAAUGGAAUAUUGAUUUAUGCCUUCCAAGACGUAUUUAUUAUUUAAUUCGUACCGAUGGAAUUGGUUGUUUUCGUCCAACUUAUUUAGAGCGUAUGCUUCUUUUACUUAUUGCUAAUCUAGUUAAUUUCACCUUAGCCGGUUAUGGCAUAGUCAAACGACCAAGAGAUUUUUCUACUUUUUUAUUGUCGAUUUUUAUGAUCAAUUUAUUGAUGUACACAUUUUUCUAUGUGAUUAUGAAAUUAAGACAUCGUGAACGCUUUCAGAUGUUAUCAUUAGUGUAUAUUUCACUAGCUUGCGUGUCUUGGGGUUGUGCAAUUUAUUUUUAUUUAACUCGAACAACCACAUGGGAAGUAACUCCUGCUCGUUCUCGUGCACUUAAUCGACCCUGUGUUUUAUUGGAUUUCUAUGAUGCACAUGAUGUUUGGCACUUUUUAUCGUCAAUAUCUAUGUUCUUUUCAUUUAUGUUACUCAUGUACUUGGAUGAUGAUCUAUCGAAACGGCCAAGAAAUCAAAUUUUCGUGUUUUGAUCAUUAAAUAAUAAUAAUAAUAAUAAUAAUUAACUAUUACAAAUAAAAUAUCAAGAUGAUUAUCGAUUGCAUAGAUAUGAUUAUGAAAAGCAACUAACUAUUUCACAUUUUGUAAACAUUAUUGUGAUUGAUGAUGAUGAUGAUGAUGAUGAUUAUAUGUGUGUGUAAUCAGGCAAUUUCUAUUGUCAGUAAUUGCUUUAUUAUUUAUUACAUAAUUUAUCCUCAUUGAUCCAUCGUUUUUGUAUUGAUUUUUCUUCAGUUUUUUUCUUAUUUGUUCAUCUUCUGUGUUUUGUUUUGUUUUUUGUCAGACUGUUUUCAUCUUCUGUGUUUAUUUGCUAAUUCUAUUUCUUUUUUCUUUUUUUUAUUUAAAAAUCUGAUUCAAACUUAAUUUGUAUAGGAUUCAUUGAAUUGAUGAAAUAAACGAGUCAAUUUGUGAGCAUAAGUUUUUGUAGAAAUAGUUGUUAGUGUUCAAGCAAUUAAU